GGAAACUUUUAUAUGCACCAUCCCAUAGACAGGAUAGCACAUACAGUGGCCUUUGAUAUACCGUCCGUGGUGAACUGGCUGGAACGAGAAAUAGACCACUAUCGAUCCGAGACCGACCGCGCAUCCCGCUUUUUGGGGAGAACAAUGAAUGCAAUCUUCUGAACUGGGGGUCAGUUUCUUCUUGCCGUCCCCACCCACCCACUCCCGAUGCCAAUGUCGCAGUAUUACAUAAUAUUUUACACAUUUUAUAUAGCUCCAUGGAUACUCUUUUCUCUAACAGUAAAAAUAUUAUAUCCUCUUAUUAUUAAUAUUGAGAAGUUUACCCAUGUUAAUUAUUUUCAGCAUUAAUGUCAGGUUAUUGAUAGAAAAAUAAAGCUUGUGUUUUCAUAGCUGAUCGUGUGUUGUUUUUCUUGUGUUGUGGUUUGAUUUGAUAGGUUAAUCAUUUCGCCGGAAGAUGCCACACACGUCAGUGGUCCGUGUUGACACACCAUUACCUCACGUUUUGUCUACGUUUGAUGACGAGUAAAAACGUUCACAAUUCGCCACACACACGGCCAAAUUAAAGGUCACUGCCCAUAACCCCGGCAGACUACGCUAACGUUGUUCGUAUAAAUAUCAAUCAAAAAGGAUGCCUAUGGUAUAUUAAAAAAAAAAACCCAGUUGUUUUAGUCCUGUAGUUACACUGUAACACACAAUAGCAAGCUCAGUUCCAUAUUCUUGCGAGUUGAUCUGGUAAAUAAGGUGCCCGUAGGAGAAUAGCGCUGUGUAAUGAACAUAUUGUCUUAAUCGACACAGAGCGGACAUUAGCACACGGAUUAGCAGAUUACCACGUCACUUUAUUGUGAGAGAUUCACAAACACGGACCGGUCGGCACAGGAGAAAUGUCAUGGCAAACCCAUCAUCAGGAUCGAGAAUUCUGAAACGAAUUUCCAACAAAACUAAACCCUUCAGGGUGGCGAUACUGGGACAAAAUGGAGUGGGCAAGUCUGCGUUUACUGUUCGGUUUAUAACGAGAAGAUAUAUAGGAGAGUAUGAUCCGCUGUUAGAGAAAGUUUAUUGUUGCACGAAGCUGGUUGACGGAGAACAGGUGCUAUUUGAACUCCUUGACACGGCCAGAAAGGAAGGCUACACGCGCCUGGAGGAGAACAUAAAGUGGGCGGACGCCUACAUCCUCAUGUACUCCGUGGCCGACCAGUGCAGCCUCAACGAGUGCUCCAGACUCAAGUUCCUCAUCAACUGCUACAGCAAGCCACACCGGAAGUCAACCUUGACCCCCACUGACCUGGCGACACGGGCGCCCGUGUUUCUGGUGGGGAACCAGAACGACCGCUGCCAGGACCGAAUGGUCAGUCGUAAAGCGGGAAAACUGCGCUCGGAGGAGUUGGGAUGCACGAGUUUUUACGAGAUUUCGGUUCGAGAAUGCGUGGACAGUGCGCUGGUGGUUCUCGAGGACCUGUUCUUCUACUUGAAAAUGUCCAAGAAGUCGAGGUAUUUGUUCAGCUACACCAGGUCGCUGUCGACAGAUGACGAGGGUGGAGAAACGUUCCCCGGGGAAGACACGCCACUGGCUGCACGCGAGGAACGUGCCGAGACACCCACAGGAAAAGACACACCAUUGGCUUCACGGCGUCAUGCACUAUUAACUAUUGGCUGAAUAAAAGACCUCCACCCCACCCCAUCCCCCAAAAAAGAAACUCAAACAUUACCGUCUAAUUGUGUUUAAUUUAGACGAUGCACGAUCAUAAGGGCGCAAGGGCGGCAGUUAUUCGUCUUGGAUUAGUCCCGAAAUUAAGACCUCAAAAAUAAGAUGUUCAGUAUUCGGGUAUAGUAAUAUGCCUAUAAUAAUAAGCUGUAUAACUCCAAAAAACCUGACCAAGUAUGGAUUUGGGCGAUUGCACAACCUUUUACGUUUUAAUUUAACAUGUUUAGCAGGUUUUUAAAACAAAGAAUAUGACGUUUUAAAUAAUGUUAAAACAUUAAGUUUUUUAAUGUCUAGUAAAAACCUACACCUGCCACAACCCUAUUUUUGAUGUUAACACGUCGACGAACACUUUUAACUUAUAUGCGUCCUUUAAUUUGUUUUAAUAAUUUGUUAAUAUUUAUAAUACAAAUUUGAUAACAGUUUGAAACUUUUAUGUAUAUGAAUCUUUUACUUGCGGCCACAGUAAAGUUUUACUAUUAUAUAAAAACGGUAUUUUAACAACAGCGAUAAGGUGCAGCAAAUAACCGAUCUUCACACCUUCAGGAAUACUAGUACCCAUUCAGUCCCGACAUCUCGACUGUGUAUCAAUUAAGAAAGUAUGACUCUGGCAUGCAUCUAAUUGCCUCAGGGCAGGCUAAGCGUGAUAUUUGUAGAUUCACUUACUAUGACAAUGCACCGCAUGAAGUAGGAAUUAAAUAAUUAAAUGGAAAAAGAAAAAAAACUUGUUGAGAACGGUUAAUUUAAUACAUUCCAUUUGCAUUAUUUCU